GAAGAUGAGUGACAUGAGGAAGCUGUAAGAAUACUGAUGAAAAUUACCCCAACACACUUCUCCAACUUCUCCAACUUCUCCUUACCCAACGAGUUGCUGCAGCACCAGCACCCGACAGCCGCACCAACUUCCAACGUAGUUUCUCCCGCCGCUCGCUGUCAACCGGCCCGCCGUACUCGUCCUCGGUGCUGCUUCUUGUCCCGCCGCUAGCCCUACUCGCCGCCUUGCCACUCUAAGUCAGUGCAGAUUCAAAUUUGGAAAGCUUGUUAUCUACAAAUAACUAUCUCUGUUGGUCCGGUAACAUUCCUACAUGCAACCCCCAUAUAGCAUUAAGGAGAUAACUGCAUAUGAGUUGAUUAGAGCAUUUGGUGGAAUGGAUUGGGGUUUUGUACACAAAACUUGGGAGAAGUGGGCUUUGCUUAAUAUUGGCUCCACUGAUAAACCAUUGAAGGCAGCCCUGCUUAUUAACUAUGAACCCUCUGGACCAUCACGGUUGUUGUCUACCAUUGCAGAACAAGAAGGGAUAAAAGUCAAUCCAAUUGAACUAAGUCAAUUCAUUGAUUUCAUCAAGCACAACAAACUCCAAACUGAGAGCUUUAUUAUUGGGCCAAAUCAAUACAUGGUUACUUCAAUUCAUGAGAAUUGGUUCUCUGCAAGGUGUUUAAAUACAUCAAAACCUGCCGGUGAAGGUGCCAUCGUCAUGCAGACAGCGGCAUUUCUCUUGCUUGCACUGUAUGAUGGGUCAAUUGGGGUAGCGUCUUGUGCUGUAAUGGCUGUUGAUCAGUUUGCAUGGCAGCUUGGGCGAAGAAACCUUUAGCUUCAGAAAAUAUAAUUUGCUUCCUGUUUUUGUUAUUUAUUGUACAAGGAUAGCUAGGUUUAGUUUUUUGUUUAUUUAUGUUAUUACAUUAAUAUUCCUGUUUAAAUCUAUUCACUCUAGUUUUGCGUACCAAGUUAUUCACUUCAUAGUAGAAUGCCCUUGUUACUACUGUACCCAGUCCACACCCCUAAUUCUUCUUCUUCUUAUUAUUAUUAUUUAAAUUUGGCUUUUCCUAG